GAAGUGUGUAUGUUUUGGGAUUAACCGGAUGCAGCUCAGAUUUACCCACAAUGCACUGCGAAGCGCUCCUAGCAGUAGCACCUCUCUGUAGGCUGUAGAUGAUCUGUGGUUUUUGCAGGUUGAACCGAGCAUCCUGUUGGCUGUGAAGCAGUUAGCACAGCUCACAGCGGGGACAAGAGGAGCUGUAGACUGUAGAUUAAAUGCCUCAGGGUUCAUCAUGGUGUGUGGAGGAUUUACCUGCUCGAAAAAUGCUCUCUGCGCUCUCAACGUCGUUUACAUGUUGGUGGGGCUGCUCCUGAUUGGUGUAGCAGCGUGGGGGAAGGGCUUCGGGAUCGUGUCCAGUAUCCACAUCAUUGGUGGUGUGAUUGCCGUGGGCUUUUUCCUGCUGCUCAUCGCCAUCGUCGGCCUCAUCGGAGCCGUCCAUCAUCAUCAAGUCAUGCUCUUCUUUUACAUGGUCAUUCUGUUCAUCGUGUUCCUCUUCCAGUUUGGUGUGUCCUGCUCUUGUCUGGCCAUGAACCAGGAUCAGCAGGAGAAGUUGAUGAACUCCACUUGGAGAAUGAUGAGCAAUGAGACCAAGGCAGAUUUGGAGGACAAGCUGGACUGCUGUGGCCUGUUCAACAACACUGCAAGCCGCCCGCAGUUCGAUGUUGACGUGGACCUUUGUAAAGCUAGCUGUGUAAAAUCUCACUGCAUGACGUGUGGUCAGAAAAUGCUGCAGCAUGCAUCCGAGGCCCUGAGGAUUCUGGGUGGUGUGGGCCUCUUCUUCAGCUUCACUGAGAUUUUAGGAGUUUGGCUGGCCAUGCGCUACAGGAACCAGAAAGACCCCCGAGCAAACCCCAGCGCAUUCUUAUAGUCUCCCAGCCUCCACCCGGUCCCACAGUGCAGCAGCGUAGAUGAGCGUUUCCUCUUCCCUUUGCACACCCGGAGGCACUCAGUCAUUCAGCACGGACUUCAGACUGUACACUGACUUGCUGCUCUCUACAUGCCUUCUCACUGAUUUUAUGGCACCAAGAGCUAAAGAGCCCAUUAAAAAAAAAAUUCUUUUUUUUUUUCUGUCUAGAAUCUUCUUCUUCUAUCCUCCAUAGUGAGAGCGAAAGCUGGACGUCUCAUGAAUGAUAGGAUGAUGUUUGGUAUUUAUGUCUUGAUCUCCAGUCCGACAGUGUGACCUACAUCAUGACCCCCCCCCCCCCCCCAUCCUUGAUUUGAGAAAAGGUGUCCCGGACAGAGAUUCAGCUUUGAUAAGUGCAUGCUCGUAGCCAUUACUCCAGCUGGUCCGCUCUGUUACACAGCACUAGUACUCCACCCGGCAGAUCCUCAGUCAGUUAUUACACGCCGUAUAGUUUUACCAGUGUGGGCUUUUAGUGUCAGUGAAGCAGCUAGUUCAUAGUUUUUUAUGUCAGCUGGUCAAGGUGUGACAUCUGUGAUUACUGUAAUUUACUUCCUACACCUUUGAGAUGUUUCUUGCUGAUGCGAGUUGUUGUUGUUGUUGUUGUUACAGAUGUGCGACAUGACGUGAGAGUUUUAGCUGAGGAAUUAGAUUUUUUGUUCAGUACGUUGUGUAACUGAGCCACGCAGAAGCCAGCAGACUGCAGCCCUGAUGUGUAAAUAAAUACAUGUGUCUCCGUGAAGGUUUGCUUCUCUCAUACAUACAUACACGCAUACAUAAUACAUACAUACAUAAUACAUACAUACACACAUACAUACACACAUACAUACAUACAUGUUUCAUUUGCUCCUCUCCAAGGUACAACCCGCACUGGAACUUUAACACUCUCGUGUUUCUUGGUAUUAAUCGCAAAUAUUUUCUUUUUGCAAUAUAGUGAAUCACAGCUGGCUUUUUUCUUUUUUUUGUGUGUGUGUGUGUGUGUGUGUGUGUGUGUGUGUGUGUGUGUUUGUGUGCGCGCACGCUUUAACUCGUGGGCAAAGUUCUUCCACUGCCAUCACUUUAAUCCGGGUGUCUCAUCUCAUUCUCACCUCUUAAGUCAAUGGUAGUGUGUAAUAUUUUCCAGAAUAAAUUUUUUUUCCAUGUU